AUGCCCUCACUCAAGCAGAUGGUGCACUUCAGCGCCGACCUCGCGCUGGUGGCGAUGGUGCUGGCCGGGCUGCGGCGCAGCACGGGCUACGUGCUCGCGUACGAAGCCUCUGACCUGCGCAACUACAUACGGCGGUACCUGGGGUGGGGCGAGUACCUGUUCGACCAGCUGGCCGCGCUAGCUGCGCGCAGCGCGUACUUCCGGCGCGAGACGGCGCUGGACGGGUUCCUGGGCGGGGCGUUCCGGCGGCUGGAGGAGGUUGCAGGCGCGGAGGGCGAGGGGCGCGCCCACGAGCGCGCGGCCGCGCCGCGGCCGGCGCAUCUAGACUAG